AUGUUGGCCUCUUUCCGUGGCCGUGGCCUCCGGGCACUGCGUGUGCUCCCACCAUGCACAAGGGGUGCCUUGCACUGGCGACAUGGUGGUGUACCUUCAGGCGUUGGGAUUUCAAACGUGGGAACACGUGGGCCCCAUGACCUUCUCACCGAAUUGAGCUCAAUCUUUGCCAAAGAGGGCGUGACCUGUCUGUCAAGCUUGUCUGCCACUUGGUUUGCGAAGGCCGACCAAAACGUGUCCAAAGGACUCGAUCCUGAAGAAUUCAGAGAGACAAUGGCCAGUGUAGGUCUGAAGUUGAGUGACUCUGAGAGUGAAACACUAUUUACACACUUCGACACAGACAAGUCUGGAAUUAUCACAUAUGGUGAAUUCGCCAAGGGAUUGCAAGGUGAAAUGCCCUCUUUCUCAGCUUCCUUGGCUUUCAUGCACCAGCACACUGGACACUAUCCUUCCAAUCAUCAGCAAAUCAAAGCAGCCAGGCCACGCUUUGAUGAGUCUGAAACAGAUGAGUGGCUUGAGUCACUUGAUGCAGUGGUCGCAACUUUGGGCCCAACUCGUGCACGUUUCUUGCUACAUGACUUGAUGGAAGAAGCAGCUCGCCUUGGUGUUCACAUUCCCCAACCAGUGAUUACCCCUAUGGUCAACACAAUCCCCACCUCUGGAGAGCCUGCCUAUCCUGGGGACCGUGCGAUGGAGGAGCGGCUUUCAAACAUCAUUCGGUGGAAUGCAGCAGUCAUGGUGAGCGAUGGAAACAGACGGGGUGGGGGCGUUGGUGGCCAUAUUGGCACCUUUGCAUCUAUUUGCGACGUCAUUGAGGUGGGCAUGAACCAUUUCUUCCGUGGCAAGGACUUUGGGAAUGGAAGGGGCGACAGUGUUUGGAUGCAGGGUCAUGCUGCUCCGGGCGCCUACUCCCGGGCAUUUGUGGAAGGCAGGAUCAGCAUAGAUCAGCUCAUGAACUUCCGCAGAGAAUCUGCUGGGAAGGGUGUUUCCAGUUAUCCCCAUCCACGGCUGAUGCCCACAUUCUGGGAGAAUCCCACGGUCUCGAUGGGUUUGGGCCCUCUGGGCGCAGUGUAUCAGGCGCGAUUCUUCCGCUACCUUCACCUCCGUGGCCUUGCUGACACAUCCAAAAGUCGAGUGUGGGCCUUUGUUGGCGAUGGUGAGAUGGACGAGCCCGAAUCCAUCACUGCCAUUUCAGUGGCAGGCAGAGAACGAUUGAACAACAUGAUCUUCAUCGUCAACUGCAACUACCAACGAUUGGAUGGACCUGUCCGAGGAAAUUCAAAGGUACUCCAAGAGUACGAAGGAACUUUCCGCGGUGCUGGCUUCGAUGUCAUCAAACUCAUUUGGGGUGGCAAGUUUAAUGAGCUCAUCGAGAACGACUAUGACGGAAAGUUGAUCGAGGCCUUGGAAGCAACGCCCGAUGGCGACUGCCAGCGACUGCACGCCAAGGCAGAUGGAGCCCUCAUUCGAAAGGAUAUCUUUGAAAAGCAUGGGCUCCUAGACCGCGUGGCACAUUGGAGUGAUGAUGAGCUGUUGGAGGCAUUCCAGACUCCUGGUGGUCAUGAUCACAAGAAGAUCUACGCAGCCUUCUCCCAGGCUGAAAAGAAUUCUGACAUGGGAGGCCGUCCAUCAGUCAUUUUGGUGAAGACCCUGAAGGCCAGCGAAGAAGGGUACAGCUUGCAGACCUUCCUGGGUAGAAACACGGUGCACCAGAAGAAGACAAUGAGUGUGAUGCGAUGGGAAUUCCGCUCACAGAUGAGCAACUCAAAGCGGCAGAUGUUGGCCCAAAAUUUCUUUGCGCUCAAGGAGGAUUCGCCAGAGGUGAAGUAUCUCAAAGACAGGCGGCACGAUUUAGGUGGCUUCCUUCCGAAACGCGAACCAGCAAAGGUCUCUGCUCUGGUGGAGCUGCCAUCGCACGAGACGGCCUAUUCAAUGUUUGAUGAAGGUAGCAAAGGAAGGGAGAUCAGCACAACCAUGUGCUUUGCUCAAGUCCUCCGCAAGAUGAUGCAGGCGGGGGAGUUUGGCCAGCGAGUGACGCUUAUGGUCACUGACGAGUCCAGAACCUUCGGUAUCGAUGCAUUCUUCCCGAUCUUCAAAAUUCAUGCGCCAUUUGGGCAAAACUACACUCCAGUAGAUGCAGAUCAGGUGAUGAAAUAUGCGGAAGCUCCAAACGGACAAAUAUUGCAAGAAGGAAUCAGUGAAGGCGGAGCCAUUAUGACUUGGAUCGCUUCAGCAACAUCCUAUUCCUCUCAGCACGCGCCCACUUUGCCCUUCCUCAUCUACUACUCCAUGUUUGGCUUUCAGCGAGUUGGUGACAGUAUUUGGCAAGCCGCUGAUGCUCGAGCACGAGGCUUUCUCAUUGGCGCAACCUAUGGACGCACUACUUUGAAUGGAGAAGGAUUGCAGCAUCAGGAUGGGCACUCUUUGCUCAUUGCCUUGACUUGCCCUGCUGUGAAGGGAUACGAUCCUGCGUUUGGGUAUGAGAUGGCCCUGAUCAUUGAAAAUGGAGUCAAAGAAAUGUGGGGGGAGGACAAAGAUGUCAUCUACUAUGUCACCGCGUAUAAUGAGAAUAUGGCGAUGCCGGAGAAACCAGAGGGAGCCGAUGAGGGCAUUGUCAAAGGCUUGUACAAGUUCUCGGACGCAAAGCCUGCGGAACACAAGGUUCGGCUGAUCGGAUCUGGAGCGAUCAUGAAGCAGGCCAUGGACGCCAUAGACAUCCUAGCUGAAUAUGGUGUCGGUGUGGAGCUUUGGAGUGCCACAAGCUAUGGCGAACUUCAACGUGACGCUGUUGCAAGCCAACGAGAUGGCCGUCUUGGUGCUGAGGCAAAGCCUUCCUGGGUUGAGCAAUGCCUCAGCGAAGAUGUUGUCACUGUCGCCGUUUCGGACAACAUGACGGCAUACCCAAUGUUGAUUGCCCCGUAUGUGACGGGCGAAUAUAUCGUGUUGGGCGCUGAUGGAUUUGGACGCUCUGACACACGGGAAGCCUUGCGACGAUUUUUCGAGGUGGACCAGGAGCACGUGGCUGUUGCUGCCCUCUAUGGCCUUGCCAAGCAAGGGAAAAUUUCCGUGGAGGUGGCCAAUCAAGCGUGCCUCAGUCAAGAGAAUCACCAUGAAACUUAG